AUGCCUGCCAAAACAUUUCUGUUAAUUCUUACCUCGUUGCUCCUCGUGACCAUGUCCUCAGCGUACGACGAGGACGAGCCGCAGUUCGACUGCAUCUCGGAGUCACCUCAGGAGUCAGAUGCAGAGGACGCGAUCGGCCCGGAGGAAGCUUCCUCUCUCCGCAGAAGCUCCAGGUUGGCAAGAAAGAAGACGCCGGAUCCGUCGAUCAAAGAAUGGCAGAUCCCAAAAUUGCUUCAGUUCCUGUUUUCGAACAACAUUCCCGCCCCGAUCGGCGCCUCCCACCAGGAAUUGUUCGGGCUUUUCCUGAGCUGCUCCGAGCCCCAGCGUCCACCUGCAAGCACUCCUCCACCUUCCGCUCCUCGAAAAGCCGCAGCAAAAUGUAAACACACCACCAGCAAUUCCGGUACAGCCUCGGCAGAAGGCACCGCCCAGACGCACAAGAGGGCGCGAAUUACGGCCCCGGCGGCCAGCCACGCAACUCCAUCGGAUAACCUCGCAGCUUCGACGAACGCCGAUAUCAUGUCGGCCCUUUCGUCCAUCCAGUCCUCCCUUUCUUCCAUGAACACCAGGAUCCAGACCCUUGAGGCUAACGUUCCAACGCCGUUUCAAGCCACAACGCAAACUUUCCAAGACCACGUACGCACCACCUCCUCCAUCGCUGGCCCAUCAUCGCAGCUCGAUGACGUCAUCCCGGUCCCCUACGACAACAUCACCGUCCCGCGAAGAACCCUGGGUAGUGCAGUUCCCAUCACCACAGGCGUCCCGUUCUACCCUCCUGCAGCUGCAAUCUCUCCUAAUCUCAGGAGCCAGAUCCUGGCAGGUAACGACAUUAAUUUGGUUAAGAUCCUGCUGUUCUCUGAUGUCAGCGAUAAACGUGUGGUUGACUGCGGAGACAUUUCUGUGCUACUGAAAGAUAGCGAUCCCAGGCUCUUCAAAUCAUUGACUCUAGCAGAAUUCACAGUGGCUUUUGGCAUUUACAGGGACGUCAUCUGCGAAGUCUAUCCAUUCCGUAGAGCCGAAUUGGACACAUACCUCGCCAUCAUCGCCGAUCUCGCCAUGACUUAUGGUGGAACUCUAUUCUAUGAAUACCAUAAAUCGUUUUCUGCCAAAGCUGCCAUGUUCAUCCAAAGAUUCAACCAAAGAGUAGACUGGUCCGUUGUAGAUCUAGCCCUGAUUAGCAGGCACUGUACCGGCCGCCAGGCUCUCUCCUGCUCCAUAUGCAGCUCUUUUUCCCACUCCUCUAACUUAUGCCCGAAAUCCGUAGCUACAGUAAAACAACCUAGAGACCUUGGAUACGAGACCAAGGUGAAACCCAGCAUAACUCCUGUAUGUAUUAAUUUCAACGAAAAUGUGUGCAAAUAUGCUAACUGUAGAUAUUUCCACGCUUGCAGCUUUUGCGGGGACGGGCACCCCAAAUCUGUAUGCCCAAGACGAUCCCGCCUUGUGAGGAAAAAAUAA